UUGAAUACUCGUCAUAGUGUUGAGAGAAUAAAGAAAAGACAUCAUAAAAGCUUAGAUUUAAAGCUAAAGUGAAAAAGCACACUUAAAAAAAAAGUAAAUGGGUUUUUUCCACGUAAAGGAAUACGAAACUACCGUAAAAAUUUACUGCUGACUUCCGGAAACAACUUCGGAGCAGAACAGAUUUGUCAUCAAUAUCGGACCAAGAAUAUUGUUGAUUAUUUACAGGAGAAACGGCGUAAAUAAGUGAAACAGGCAAAAUGCCGGUGUUUCACACAAAGACAAUUGAAAGCAUUCUUGAACCAGUUGCACAACAGGUUUCAAGACUGGUUAUUCUUCAUGAGGAAGCAGAAGAUGGGAAUGCCAUGCCAGACCUCGGUCAGCCUGUCAUGACAGUCAAGACUGCAGUAGAAAAUCUAGUUCGAGUUGGUUAUGAUACAUGUAAUAGCAGUGAUGACCAGAUUCUCAAACAAGACAUGCCACCGUGCCUCAACCGUGUGGAUGAAGCCUCACUGUUCCUACUUCAAGCUUCAGAUAUGCUUAGGUCAGACCCUUUCUCUGCUGCAGCCAGGAAAAAGCUGAUUGAAGGAUCAAGAGGUAUAUUACAAGGUACCUCUCAGCUGCUAUUUUGUUUUGAUGAAUCUGAAGUAAGAAAGAUAAUUCGUACCUGUAAAGGAGUACUGGAGUACCUGGCUAUUACAGAAGUUGUGGAUAGUAUGGAGGACUUAGUAACAUUCGUUAAGAACUUAAGUCCAGUUUUAACUAACAUGACAAAACUUGUGGAUGGUAGAGAGAAAGAACUAACACACCAAGUUCAUCGUAUGAUGCUGAUCCGUUCUUUGGAUGAAGUCAAGAAUUUAACACCAGUCCUAAUUAGUGCUGUCAAGAUGUUCAUUACUGCCAAACAUACAAAUGCUGGUGCCCCAGAAGCUCAGUCCAACAGAGAUUACAUUGUACGUAAGAUGUCUGACGAGGUACAGGAGAUUAUCCGUGUCCUACAGCUGACAACAUAUGAUGAAGAUGAAUGGGAUGCUGAUGAUGUCACUGUCAUGAAGAAAUCAGUGAAUGCAAUAGAACAAAAGAUGAAGCCAGCAUUUGAUUGGUUAGCUGAUCCAGCAGCUUUGGUUGGUAGCUCAGGUGACAAAGCUCUGAGUCAGAUUUUAGAAGAUGCUCGUAAAGUUGCAGAGAGAUGUACAGACCCAGCUGAUAGGGACAGAAUUCUUAAAACUGUAGGAGACAUUGAUUCUAUGAAAAAUGCCUUGUCAGAACUGAGAGUUCAAGGAAAGGGAAGUAGUCCUCAAGCCAUGUCCCUUGCCAGAGAAAUACAGAACAAAUUGAAGGAUCUUCAGAAUCUAACACAGGCAGGAACCAUGAAAACAGAAAGAUCUGGCAUUCGUAAACCUGCACCAACAGUAGAAGGCAAGGUAGAACAGGCAAGGCAAUGGUUGGCAAAUCCUGCCUUGGAUGAUAGAGGUCUAGGUGAACAAGCAACUAAACUAGUUGUAGCUGAAGGUCGCAAGGUUGCUGACUCCUGUACUGGGCCCCAGAGAUCUGAGUUAUUGAGACUUUGUGAUGAGACAGAGAUACUGACCAAUCAGCUAUCAGAUCUUAUCAGAAGAGGACAGGGUGACUCUCCUCAAGCUAAAGCCAUAGCUAGACAACUUACUGAGAAACUUCACAACCUACAGGCUAAAAUACAGGAGGCACUUGUUAAUCAGGUUGCAGAAGACUUUAUAGAUAUAACAGGACCACUCAAACAACUUCAUGAUGCUUCUCUGACACCACUAGGUGUUCCAGGAAGGGAGGAGAAAUUUGAUGAUAGAGCCAGGAACUUUGAAUCUCAUGCUUCUAAACUGGCUGACACUGCCAACAUGGUUGCCACAGCUGGUGGCUGUAAUAACAAGCAUACAGUCCAGGAAAUCUUCAAAACUUCUAAUCAGGUUAAUGAUCUGACACCACAAGUAAUUACUGCAGCCAGAGUACUAUUUGCUAAUCCUAACAAUCAGGCUGCUAUAGAACAUUUUGAUCAGAUGAAGAAUCGCUGGGCUGGUAACGUUGAGAGACUCAGAGCACUUGUUGAUGAAGCUGUGGAUACUCCUGCACUCAUUAAGGCUGAAGAGGAAGGUAUUUUAAGAGACACUGAUCGGGUUGAAGAAGGUAUUCGAGGAAAAGAUCCACCAAAGAUUGUGGCAAAUGCUUCAAACAUUGCCCGACGAGCCUACAGAGUAUUACAAGUAGGAGAAAAGGAAGUAGAAAAUAGUGAAGAUCCUGCCUACAUUGACAGGGUCAGAGACUCUGCAAAUACACUCAGAGAUACCAUAACACCAAUGGUACAACAUGCCAAGAACUUGUCCAUGAACCCCGGGGAUAGUAAUGCUGCCACAAACUGGAGGAAAGCUAACCAAGCUUUGAUAAAUGGUGUUGCUGGUGUUAGGGAUGCAGUGACUGUGAGUAGGGGAGAAGAUAUGUUCCCUCCCCCACCCCCUCCAGAUAUGUCUCAACUCAAUAUCAAUGACUUGCAAGAAUUUGGUGACAUAUGGAACGGCCAGAAACCAGUACAAGCUUCAGCAGUGCCUAGCACAGCAUAUAGUCCAAAACCCCCACCAGUAGCCCCCAAAUCACCGAGGGUGAUAGCUAGAGUUCCAGAUCAGUUUGCCGAUAGCCAUUACACCAUGGUUCCUCCAGAAGCUACAAUGAGGCAAGAGAAGGGAUAUCAGGGGCAACAUGCUGCCCCUCCUGUCCCCCCACCACCAGUUCCCCCACCCCCAAGGGAUCCAUAUUAUGGCUAUUAUGAUGAUGGGGAUAUACCACCUCGUCCACCACUGCCUCAUGAGACUGCCCCUGCCAGACCCCCACCUCCUGAUACAGAUGAUGAAGAAGAUUUCCCUGUCCCACAGGCUAAUCAACCCAUCAUGAUGGCAGCACAUGCCCUCCAUAUGGAGACAAAGCAGUGGUCAAGUAAAGAUAAUGAGAUAAUAGCUGCAGCCAAAAGAAUGGCUCUCCUUAUGGCCAAACUUAGUCAGUUGGUCAGAGGUGAAGGUGGUUCUAAGAAGGAUCUGAUAGCCACAGCUAAGAAUAUAGCUGAGUCAUCAACAGAGGUGGCCAAACUGGCACAGAAGUUAGCCGCUGAGUGUACAGAUAAAAGGAUGAGACUGAACUUAUUGCAAGUUUGUGAGAGAAUUCCUACAAUUGGUACCCAGCUAAAGAUUUUAUCAACAGUGAAGGCAACCAUGUUGGGAGCACAAGAACCUGUACCAGCCCCAGACGGUGGUGAAAUAUCUUGCGGUUCUGAAGAGGAUCAAGAAGCCACUGAAAUGUUGGUUGGUAAUGCCCAAAAUCUGAUGCAAGCUGUGAAGGAAACAGUUCGUGCUGCUGAAGCUGCCUCCAUCAAGAUCCGUGUAGACUCGGGGUACCAGAUUCGUUGGCAUCGUAGAAGACCAUGGUACACCACCACUUCUUAAGAAAACCAAUGCUAGGAUUUUUAAAUUGAUAGACAAUACAAAUGAAGAUCAGAUAUAUUUACAAUCAUUUUUAACGUAUUCUUAGAAGAACUAUUAAAAAUACUGUUUUAGAUAUGUUAACAGAAAAAAGUGGAAUAUACAAUGAAAAAUGUUUUUUUUUUGUAAAGCAUUUUAAUUAUAUUUGUAGUAAUGAAAAAAAUUGAUAAAUGUAAUCAUGGAAUAAUACAUCUAAUUUGAUGUAAAAUUAGUGCUUUUUUUAGAUAUAGCAAAAUAUGCACACCUAGUGACUGCUGAUAUUUUUCCACAUUUUUUAGAUGUGUAAAUGUUUUGCAUGGUAAAUAUACUGUAUAUUUAUUCACACUUUUCAUUCAUUAUUUUAAUAUAACACAUGUAUGUGGGUUUAUUGUCAGCAUUAAUUUACAGCUAUCUGUUGAGAUUUCUUUAUGAAAUAUUAACUUUAACACCAAAUGUUCAUUUAGAUAUUGCUUAUUGUAUAACUACGAUAUGUUGGAUAACGUGACUAUGAGCCUGGUACCAUGUUUAAAUAUUGCUUAUUGUAUAACUGCAAUAUUUUGGAUAACGUGAGUAUGAGCCUGGUACCAUGUUUAAAUAUUGCUUAUUGUAUAACUGCAAUAUUUUGGAUAACGUGACUACUAGUCUAGUACCAUGAGGCUAAACUUUGCUUUCAAUCGUGUGAACAAAUAGGUUUUUACCAAACUGAUCUACACCCUAAAGUUGUUUUCAGUUGUUGAACUAGAUUUCUGAAGAAAAAAUUUGAUAUAAUUAUCAUUCCUUUUUAUAAGACAAAGUACUUAAACUAUUUUUCAAAUAGUGCCUGUGAAGUAAAAACAAGAUAAGUGAAUUAAUUCUCUUGAUAGAGCAAUUUACCAUCGUUCAUAUUAAUUACCAAUUUGUUUUAAAUGUCAGUCCACCUGUGAAAUAGCUUCAUUUUGAUAUUUGAACACGCUUUAUUUUGGAAAGUUUGGUAUGUUUAUUUAAUAGUAUAUAGAGUUUUUAGUUCAUUUAAACAUGUGAAAAUAAAUGGUGCUAUGUAUAUAGAAUAUGCAAAUAAAUAUGUAGUUUUACAUAGAUUUCUAUCCAUAUCAAAUUUGAUGCAUAUUAUACAUUAACGAGAAUGAAUGAUGAUACAUGUCUGUAAAAUGAUUAUGAUAAAAUCAGCCAUUUUGUGUAAAUUCUUACAGAAAUCUUUGUAUGUCAUGAAUUACUUUAAAUUUAAGUUACAAGUAUGGUAUUUGUUUUAAGGGGAUACCAAUCCUAACAGCUUUUGAAAAUUAAUGUCUAUUCUAUCUGAAAUGGCUUAUGUUUUUAAUUAAAUGAACAUAGUCCUACGUAAAUCUGUAUUGCCAUAAUGGGAAGUAAAGCAAAGAUAACCAAAAGAGUUUUAUUUUUAUUAUGAUCAUAUGAUUUUAUAAACUAGGCAUUCUGGUGUUAGUAACAAUUAAAAAAAAAAUCUGACUUUUUUAAAAAGUUUUGUAGGACCUCUAUCACCGAAAGAGACAUACCAGUAAUACAUUAUUUCUUUACCAGAAAUACAUAGCAACUUUUCCUCACCUUGAGGUUUGGAUAAUUAUAAAAAAAGUCUUAAUCUGCAUUGAUAAUGUAAGGUUGGUUGGUAUGAGUUGUAUUACUGAGAUAAAUUGUACAUUUUUAGACAAAGCAUGUUGAGAUGUUAUUAUUUUUAGUUUUAUUUAAUAUAUUGCUUGUUUGGUUUUAUUAUUAAUUAGGAUUUGUUUUUGAUUUUGAUUGAAUAUAUCUUGAUAGGAUUUUUUUUACUAUAUAAAAGAUAUUAUGAACUUUCUUUUUUUGCUAAAUAAUUGAAAUAAUGAACUGUCAUGGUAUCAAGAAUAUGACUGCAGAAUAGAACAUUGGUUUUUUUUGGUGUUCAGAAAAUUCUUUUCUAAGCAAUAUCAAUUAAAAAACUUGAUUCCUGCAUAACUUUGUACUUUAUAAUUUGAAAAUAUCUAAAGUUCUCUUGUAGGUUUUAUUCAUAUAAUGUGUUGACCAUUAAACGACGAUUUAAAGAAAAGAUUUAAAAACUUAAUGGAAAUAAUAGUAGAUUGAAUAAAAGAUUGCAUUUUCAAAUAAAAUAGCGUGUGUGGCAGUAAUAAUAAAAAUAUGUUUCAAUUAUAAUGGGGAUACCCCCUGGAUGUGCCUUUUUUAAUUGUGUUUACCUCUUCUGAUCCAUUUGAUAUUAUUGCAGACUUGAGGAAAGAAAGAGUUUACAUUUAAGAAGUUUUUUUAUGUGUUGAUAAAGCUAGAAUAUAUACAUCAUAAUGAAGAAAAAUAUUCUCAUAUAGUCACUUGUUUGUUUGGGUAUUAAAAAUCUUUGAUAAAGAACGUAAUUCUCAGUUUAAAAAAAAGUGUUCAUUUGUAAAUUUAUGAGUUGUUUUAGAUAUAGUUUGACCUACUGUUUCACAAAAGCAAAUUUAGUGGCACAAUUUAAUUUUGAAAUACAUAUAGAGUGUUUUGGAAUAUAUUUAAAUAUCAUAUAUUAAGCAUAUGUAGAUGCUAUUACCACCUGAUGUUGUUUACCUUACCAAACCAAAAAGAAAUUCUCCUUUCAUGUUACAUUUGAUAUGUGUUAUCCUCCUUUCAAUAUUUUUUUUAAUUUGUUGGUUUUUUAAAGUUGAAAAAAAACCCACACAACUUAAUUUUGUCUAAAUUGUCAAUCAUAAAUUUUACACUAGCAACGACUUGCAAUACCAUAGAUAGUCUUUCAUAUUUACCCAGUUGUUAGUUUAUAUAUAGCUAUUGGCUUAUUUGUACAAGAUAUACAACUUUACAACCAAUAAACAUUUUAUAGAAAUAGAAUGCC